AUGAUUGCCCUUCAUCGGCUGAACACAUGCGCGUUCGUUCCCUGCCAGAUCCGGCCGACCAGCACCGAUGCGUCGCUGCCGCACCGGCCGCUUGUCCUGGGCGUCGUGCAGGGCCAUCCAACCCAAGUCACUCUCUCGACGCCCAGCCACCACUACACCAACAACCUCAACAGCAGCGGUGGCCGAUGCUUCACCUUCGACCACGUCUUUGACCAGCCCACGCUUCAGGAGCAUCUCUACAACCGCGUGUGCCGCUCGCUGGUCGAGCAGUUCCUCGAUGGCUUCAAUGUCACCAUUCUCGCAUACGGCCAGACUUCCAGCGGCAAGACCUUCACCAUGGGCUCGGCCGAGCCGGACCAGAACCAUCUGCGCGGAAUCAUCCCACGCGUGAUCCAGCAAAUCUUUGAAUCGCCACAGACGAGCGACCCGUCGUCGUUCAAUCUCAAGGUGUCCUUUGUUGAGAUCUACCAGGAGCAGCUACGCGAUCUCCUCUCGGGUGAAGGCGAGAAUCGAGAGAUUGCCAUCCGCGAAGACCGGACUGGCGCCAUCAAUCUCUCGGGAGUCUCUGAGCCUCAGAUCCGGUCCGCCGACGAUGCCCUCAAAUUCGUUCGAACAGGCUCGCAAGCACGUACUACCGGAGACACUCAGAUGCAUCUCUACUCGUCCCGUUCGCACGCCAUCUUCACAUUGACCCUCCAACAGCGCUGCCCAAAGUCCGACACCGACGGUUCGUCCAAGAUCCUCAAAUACUCCAAAAUCCAUCUGGUCGACCUCGCAGGGAGCGAACGUGCCAAGAGAACUGGUGCGGAGGGCCUGCGGUUCAAAGAGUCGAUCAAGGUAAGCCAGAGGGGCCACAUAGUGUCGCCGCCGCAGUUGCGCAUCUCCAGGACAACGUGUCUUUGUCCACCGCUGGUUAACAGCAAGAACAUUGCCCCCUCCCAAGAUCAACUCGGGCCUGCUCGCACUGGGCAAUGUCAUCAGCAUCCUAGGAGGAGACCGGCCCAGCAGCGAGGCCGCAGAUCGACACAUUCCAUACCGUGA